GUCUUAUAUUGACAUUGCUUUAUAUGUUUUUGUAGAUGCUGCAGCCUCUAGACCCUACUGGCUACUGGACCUACCACUACUUAAAAAAUAAUUAAGAGCCACAAAUGAGAAGACUGGCCCGGCCCACGCCACGCUCACAAGGAGCCAAGAGACAGCAGCCCAUUGACCACUCGCCACCUCAAGUUCCAUUUCCCCUUCCUUCCGCGCGCCCCCAGAGAUCUCCAGAAACAUGAAUCCGGACCCGUAUCACUUGCAUAUCUUAAUUUUGGCAUUUAUGGCGCCAUUAAUUUACAAUCUAAUCAUAUUUAACGAUCACACAUUUUAAAUGAACCAUUUUACCCUCAUUAAGAAAUCUAACCAGUUUUCAGUUCUCCCCAAAUAGUGAUUAUGCGUUGAAGUAUCUCCGAUUAUUAUAACAUAAAAAUCUAAACAUGUUAUUGAUGGUCAACUGGUCAUAGAUCGACUGCCGGACUUUCACUCCCGCUUUGGCCGUGCCAUAUUAAAAUAUCGCAUCGGGAAUUAAUAAUAAAUAAAUAAAAUAUAAAAUUAGUAAAUUACACUGACCGUAGAAAAAAAGGAGAGUCCAGUCCCCAUAGAUUUUACAAAAACAGCCCUCGCCAGCUCCCGUGUCGACCCGCCGGCCACUGACGGUCUCCAGUGUCAAACGGGCAAUUAAGUUGAAUCCAGGGGUAUAUUUGGUAUUCCACGCUCAGUCGGUCCCGUGUGCCUUUUUAUAAUCAGACUUUCAGGCCCGGUGAGUUGCAAUAUUCCACACGAAACCAACAACCUCGAGCUAGUUCGCCGUUUCUUCCCACUUUCCCCUCCGGCUCCCGCAUUCCGCCCGCUACGGUAGACCAGUGAUCCCAUUUCUGCUCACACCAUAAAAACCCCACACAGAGAGGCGUGGAAGAGAGGAAAGGAGAAAACCCCAUCUUCCAUUUUGCGCUGCUCUUGUUCUUCUUCCUUCGUGAAGAGUGUGAUUGACUGUAAUAUACGGUCUUUUGGCUCGAAUCGCCGACCCCUCCUUGGAGGUUUUGUGAUCUGUCGAUUUUCGGAGGUCCCCGGGAGAUUCGAAGGGUUUGGUAUAUAUACACGUCGGAGGUUCGUUCAAUCGAGGGAGGAUGGAAGCAGCAGCUACGGCUUCUGUGGUCGUUCAAUCGUCCGGCGUCGGGUACUCGACGCAGUCGGCUUAUGUCGGUCGAUUAGGGUUUCUCUCCGCAAGUGGACCUGAUUUCGUGCGGGUACCUUCUUCCUCUGCCAGGCAAUUCUCCUCUGGAUUAGGCUUGAAGUCUGGGCGGAGAAGAGUAUCCUUGAGAAGUAGAAGAUGCUCCAUCGUUAGGGCAUCAACAUCUUCAUCACCUCCUCAGCCAGACUCCACGGAUGGAUCGAUUUCGUCAAUCGCUCCCCUGCAGUUGGAGUCUCCAGUGGGACAGUUUCUAUCUCAGAUCCUACUCAGUCAUCCUCAUCUUGUGCCAGCAGCAGUGGAGCAGCAGUUGGAGCAGCUUCAGACUGACCAUGACUCAGAGAAGCAGAACGAUGAUCCUUCUGCCGCGGGUACAGACUUGGUGCUGUACAGGAGAAUUGCCGAGGUGAAGGCCAAUGAAAGGAGAAAGACACUGGAAGAGAUCUUGUAUGCAUUAAUCGUGCAGAAAUUCAUGGAUGCGAAUGUCUCCCUGGUGCCAACUCUGGCCCCACCUUCUUCAGACCCAUCUGGCCAGGUUGAUUCGUGGCCAACCGAAGAGGAGAAGAAGCUCCAGCAGCUUCACUCUGACGAGGCCUACGAGAUGAUCCUGAACCACCUCUCCCUCAUACUCGGGAAUCGGUUAGGAGAGUCAUCAGCUGUUGCCGAGAUAAGCAAGCUUCGCGUGGGCCAGGUCUACGCAGCUUCUGUGAUGUACGGCUACUUCCUGAAGCGUGUAGACCAAAGGUUCCAGCUUGAGAAGACGAUGAAAGUUCUUCUGAAUCAUCAGCAAGACGCGGUGGAGCAUGAUGUGAAGACCAGUGGCACAGAUGGUUCGUACGAGGCUGUGGGGUCCCACCCAGAAGCAGCGCCAUCUGGUUGGGCCGGUGGGAUCAGUCCCGGUGGGUUUGGCUCCGGGAUCAAGCCCUCUCGGCUGAGGAGCUACGUGAUGGGCUUUGAUGGCGAGACGCUUCAGAGCUACGCGACGAUCAGGUCGAAGGAGGCUGUAACCCUCAUCGAGAAGCACACCGAGGCACUGUUUGGAAGACCGGAAAUCAUGAUAACUCCUGAAGGCACCACCGAUACGUCCAAAGACGAAGUCGUCAAGAUUAGCUUUGCUGGUUUGAAGAGGCUUGUGCUGGAGGCCGUGACUUUCGGUUCUUUCCUGUGGGAUGCUGAAGGGUAUGUAGAUUCCAGGUACCGUUUGGUUAUGAAUUAAGUAGUGUCAAGUGCGGUGGAAGGAAGAACCUUUGUGGUGGAAGGCUUGGCUGACCAUAUGUGAACGUGCUGCGACAGACGAGUGUAAAAUCUGGUAGUGUGUACCGUUUGGACGUGGGAACUGAUUAGUUAUGGUGUAAAUAAGUUAUGAAACUUCUCCUGUUCUCUCUAGCCUUUUUUAGUUGUCUUUUCCCUUGUUUAGUCUCAGAGGAUGAUAAGUAGUGUACCUUAGGCAUGUUAAGGAAUUCAAAGGUCUCGUUUGGGAUUCUAGAUUUUAGAUUUAAUGGUUUUACGGAAACACCAGAUUACUUUCUGUUUUCUUUGGUAGAAAAUGAGGUACCAGAAAUCGGUUUGCUAAUACUGAUAUUGAGCAUUUCUGCGAAGUGUGAAGCAGGAGUCAGGGAAAUGCAAACGAUACAUGAAUGUUUAUCAACUGGUUUAUUACUAAAUCAAUAUAAUACAUGUCUCUGAAUAUUUAUCAACUGGUUUAUUACUAAAUCAAUAUAAUACAUCUAUUUAA